CUCCUCUCUUUGCGUUUGCUCUCACAUUCGUUCAUCGAGUGCUGCGAAGGUUGAAAUCCGCAACCUUCUCUUUAGUGCCUCUCUUUUGAAAAGCUAUGGUUAUUUGGUCGCGAUGACCGUCGCCGCCCUUGCUGACCACCCGAAGAAGCUGACUCCCAGCCGUGUCCGGAACACCAGCUGGGCAGAUGGCCUUCGAGGAAUAGCCGCAGUUGGUGUGGUCGCCAGUCACACGACCCUCUGUUUCGCCAGAUAUAUCGUACCUCCGUCCUUCGGUGAAGACGGCUCAGUCGCUCUUUUCCAACGCCCGUUCUUUCGUCUGGUAGGCCAGGGUCAAGCAUUCGUCGCGAUCUUCUUCGUACUUCUCGGAUUUGUCAAUUCUUUGAAGCCAGCAACUCUAGCGCGUUCCGGCGCAGUGAGUGAUGCCCUCAACACGUUAGCGACAAGCGCGUUUAGGAGGACUGGGAGACUAGUAUUUCCAGCAGCGGCUGUCACUGUCAUUGCGUGGUUCUUCUGUCAAUUCGGUGCCUUCAAAAUUGCUAAGAAAACGGACGCGUACUGGUUGAGUGCGACGAGUCCACAGCCUAGUCCGUCAUGGCCUGCUGCAGUCGGGGAUCUGGUACGCCAACUGAUCUCGACAUGGGUCUAUGGAGACAACCAGUAUGACCAGCCGCAAUGGGCACUCCUGAGCCUCUUCAAGGCUUCAUUAUAUGUCUUCAUGACCUUACUGGCAACGGUCAACACGUCGCCUAGAUUCCGUCUUACUGCGGAGAUCAUCUUGUACAUGUGGAGCUGGGCGACUAAUGACUGUAUUGUCGGUAUUAACGCGUUUGCCGGUAUGAUACUGGCCGAAUUAUCUCUCCUUCCUCCACCGAGUCCAAAAUCCCUCCUUGUCGAAAUUAUACCAUAUCCCUUCGCUAUUUUGGGUUUAUACCUAUGUUCAUUCCCGGAUGAAUUCUAUGAACAGACCGCAUGGACAAGACAACUAUGGCAAAUCGGCCUGGCAAUCUUUCCAGCCGGCGCGAACAUGGGGCGUUUCUUUGCUGGCAUAGGUGCCCAGAUGUUGUGCUUCGCCAUUUUGUUCUCACCUUCUAUGCGACAUGCCCUUUCGAAUCGCUGGCUACUCUGGCUGGGCGAAAUAAGCUUUCCGAUCUACCUGCUGCACGGUCCUUUGAUGCGGUCGGUCAUGACUUACAUGUUGUUCCUACCAUCAGCUCUCUUUUUCAAACCUGCUGUCUUGGAGGAUGGCACACCGGAUCCCAACUCGGCGAUUCCCAUCCCGAGCUUCCUGAAGCUAAUGAUAGUGUGUCCUAUCUUCUUCGCCUUCUUGCUCGUGGUUGCCAGGCUGUGGUUGCGGAAAGUAGAGCCAUACUUCGGAACCGCGACAAACGCCUUCGAGAAAUUUGCUCGCACAUGGGGAAGAACACCAAGUGCUAAUCGUGAGAAAGAGAAACUGGACGGAAAUGGUGGUCUGUUGCCCACGGUGGUGAUCAGAAACUGUGUCUCGUGACCUGCCAGAAUUCCCUCGUUCUUCGUUUUGGACACAGGCGUUCCGUUCCACGUGGGAAGUUUUGGUUGUUGGGGAUGGAGUUGUCAUGAUCUCCCAGAGGUUAUUUACUGGAUUCAUUCCUUUAGUGAUACUGAUAUACUCCGGAGUAUAUG